GUUGUUGUCGCCAGGUCGGUAGGAAAUCAACAAACAAACGUAUGAUGGCACUUAACUUAUGAAGUAACUUAAUAUGUCGACGUUUGGGAACGCCAGUUACACGAAGCUGCGUGAGGAAUACGUGAGCAAACGCAAUGGGACAACCGUAUACGAAAAUAAUCUCGUAUUUGCAUCGGUUCCCAUUGGAACGCUGCUUUGUGCAUUGUUAAUCCCCUGGUUCUGCAAUGGUAGCAGAGUCAACACAACUAUCCAGACAAGCGUCAGAUUCGCGGUGGCAUUCUUCUGCCUGGUGCUGCCACCUCUCCUGUGCUGCACGAUGUUUGCCGACCACCUGGAAGGAGCGCUGACGUCGUUUGUGUGUGCGUGCGUCGGCCUGCUCGUGUUUGGGGACGCCGUGGUGAGUCGCAGAACGGAGAGGCGUGACCGGGGAGACGGCCGGAAGGAGCGAGCGAAGUCGGAAGUGACGCCGCGAUGGAAACACAUGAUGCUCUUGGACAUGAAGGGAAGGCGAGCCUACAUCUGUUGGUCCAGAGCUGCCGUCAACCUUGGCAGUGCCAUUGCCAUUCUGGCAUAUGACUUUGCCAUUUUCCCAGGGCGUUUUGGCAAGACCGAGGUGUAUGGUACAGGACUGAUGGACCACGGUGUUGGUGGUUUCAUCAUCAGCCACGCAAUCGUGUGCUCAGAGGCGACUGAAGUAGCAAGGCCAGCUAAGAGGGGCAGCCCAUGUGCUUCUUUAGUGAAAGCAGCAAAGUCUAGCAUUCCGUUACUGAUGCUGGGGCUUGCCCGACUAAUAGCCAUAAAGACCAUCGGCUACCACGAGCACGUCACCGAGUAUGGAGUGCACUGGAAUUUUUUUCUCACGCUUUCGGUUGUCAAGAUUGCAUGUGCAGGAAUAUUCCUCAUACUACCCCCUAAAAUGAGUGGGAUUUUCGCAUUGGUUCUUAGUGUAUUAUAUCAGUACUUGCUGAUAAAUUGUGGCCUAGCGGAUUUCUUAAAGUAUGGAAGUGAUGGGACAGAUAGCAGAGAAACCCUGAUUGAUGCAAACAGGGAGGGACUGGUCUCGUGCAUUGGCUACAUCGCACUGUACUUUGCCGGCGUACAGUUGGGUAGGAUCCUUAUGAAACCCAGACAGUACCUGCGAGACUUUGUCGUGCUGCUGAUUCAGCUGAACAUCGUCACUGCCGUGCUGUACGUCUGCAUGCAGGUGCUGAGCGGGGAGGUCGAGGCGGUGUCGAGAAAGAUGGCCAACCUCGCGUUCGUCGUGUGGACCUUAUUUGUCUGCUGCCUAAUGCUAGUGGAGUUCCUUAUCGUGGAACUCACAAUCAUAUGUGCUACGUCAUAUGGGCAGCUACCAUACAGUGGCACAGAUUAUACGCAGCCAAUCAGGGAACCCUGUUUGCUCAGUGCUAUCAACAGAAAUGGCCUUCUCUUCUUCCUGUUGGCUAACAUACUCACCGGACUUGUGAAUAUGUCCAUGGAUACAUUGGCAGCUUCUUCUGGGGUGGCAUACCUCGUGCUAAUUACGUACAUGCUCGUUAUAUGUCUUGUUGUUUGGAUUUUUCACAUAAAAAAUAUUACGACAAAGGUUUGGUAGUAACAAAUUAACAUAUGAUAUAUUUUUGCUUAUAAUAAUUACUAUUAAUUGUUAAUAUUAUUAAAUAAAUUGUGUAUGUACAUAACCAUAUG